AUGUCCAUCAAAAUGUUGAGUGCCCCUGAAGCUCUUGCUUUGGAUCAGGAUUUGAUGAAUAAGGACAUUGGCGGCUUUUCGCUCGAUCAGUUGAUGGAGAUCGCUGGACUGUCGUGUGCAUGCGCUCUCACCCAAGUAUACGAUCGAGCUACGUUUCCUCGUGUGCUGGUAAUUGCUGGUCCAGGAAACAAUGGAGGUGAUGCGCUCGUCGCUGCCAGGCAUCUGUUUCACUUUGGGUAUAAGCCGACCAUACUAUACCCAAAGCCAACACAAAAGGACAUUUACAUUGGCCUCGUCAAGCAAUGCAAGAACCUCGACAUUCCAUUCGUGGAUUCUGUGGAUGGUGCUAUUGAGAAUGCUGAUGUUGUGCUCGAUGGAAUCUUUGGAUUCAGCUUUAGUGGAGACAUUAGACCUCCUUUCGACAAUAUCAUCAAGACUCUGAAGAAGUCAAGUAUUCCCAUUGUUAGUAUUGACAUACCUUCAGGCUGGGACGUCGAAAAGGGAAACGUGGUUUCGAAAGGACUUGAUCCUGAAAUGUUGAUUAGUUUGACUGCUCCAAAGCCUUGUGCACUGCACUUUCGAGGCAAACAUCAUUAUCUUGGAUUAAGGAUUGUACCUCCGUUCAUUGAUAAAAAGUAUGGACUCAACCUGCCAGAAUAUCCAGGUAUUGAGCAAUGUGUUCGUUUGCCUAGCAGUCUAUGA